UGCUGAGGUAAUUUCGGGGAAAGAGAAAUUUAAAAGUCGGGGAAGAACCCGGAAACAACCACCAUCUCAUCACACAGGACUAACUCAUCAAAACAGCAAUGACGUUUGAGAGGGAGCCGAAGAGAGGAGGCUGAAUUGCGUUAGGAGCCCAGGGUUGCGGUGCCCCACUGAACACUUUCCUUUCGGCCGGCCCUUUUCUAACAUCCUCAGGCUAAGGAGGGAUCCGCCGGGUGCUGCCUGCCGGCGGUUCCGGAGCCUGCUGCUCAGUCUGCCCUGGGGCACCUGGCUCUCGAGGAACUCAUCUCCCGGUGUUGGCCCUAGUCUCAGACUAUCCCAAGGGUCGCGUUAACGUGCGCCGGACGCAGUCCGCUCGUAGCCCCUCCGAUGAAUUUAACUCUAACUUUUAGAGUAGUUCGGGGCAAAAUAUAUAAGGCACAAUAAAAUAGUAUAUUUUAAGAUUAUGGUGAUUUCCCAUAAGACACAGCAAUAUGUAGAUGUGACGGCGAGCUCCUCCCGAUUCUGGCCCGGUCAGCUCCAGGCUAGGGCGCACGCGCACUGCGGGUUCUCAGCCCUUGACUGAGCCAGCGAUUCCGGCGAGCGAGUUGAUGACAUCAAGGUUUGAAGCCGACUCGGCCAGACUGCGGGGCGAGGAUCCGCGGGAAGCUGGCUUCGCAGUUCCUUCUCGUGGCGGAAGGCUGGGGUUCGGAUGUGGGAAAAGGAACAGCGCCCCUCACCCUUACGUGACGCCUCCCCUUCCAUCUCCGGCUUCUGCAAUAUUAAAUGAAACCAAGAGAGAUAAUAAUGGCACUACAGCUACAGAAGACUCACCUCCUGCCAAGAAAACUCAUAAAUACCAGAGACAGAGAGUAAAAAAGGAGCCUGUGGCUGGAGGAAAGGCUGAUAAGGGCAGGACAGAAGACACGCAAGGCAAACCUGUGAAGUCAUUGCUGUUAAAGGUAAAAGCUCCUGUGGACCCAGAGUGUACAGCCAAGGUGGGAAAGGUAUCGAACUCAGGACCUUGUCUUAUGAGGCAGGCGUGGUGCCACUGCUCUAAAUCCUGGCCCCAGACCAAUCUCCAGCUCAACAACAAGUACUAUCUAAUUCAACUGUUAGAAGAUGAUGCCUGGAGAAACUUCAGUGUUUGGAUGAGAUGGAGUCGAGCAAAUAUAAUAUGGCCUUGCUGUAUAUUUCCAAGGUGA